CGGUCCUUUUUCCGGGCGGAAGUGGGCGUAGAGCUGAGGGGAAAACAGCCCUCCUUUCCGGUGUAGGGGCACAGUUGAAGAAGCGACCGAGGGUCGGGGAGUCGUUUGUGAGGAUGACCCGGCACGGCAAGAACUGCACGGCAGGGGCCGUCUAUACCUACCACGAGAAGAAGAAGGACACAGCGGCCUCAGGCUAUGGGACCCAGAACAUUCGACUGAGCCGGGAUGCUGUCAAGGACUUUGACUGCUGCUGCCUCUCUCUGCAGCCCUGCCACGACCCUGUCGUCACCCCGGAUGGUUACCUGUACGAGCGUGAGGCGAUCCUGGAGUACAUUUUGCACCAGAAGAAGGAGAUCGCCCGGCAGAUGAAGGCCUACGAGAAGCAGCGGGGUGCCCGGCGUGAGGAACAGAAAGAGCUGCAGCGGGCGGCGGCGCAGGACCAGGUGCGGGGCUUCCUGGAGAAGGAGGCAGCCAUCGUGAGCCGACCCCUCAACCCCUUCACGCCCAAGGCCACCCCUGAGACCGGUCCAGAUGAUGCCCGCCCCGGGGCCAGUGCAGGCCCCACGGGCAAGGACAAGGACAAAGCACUGCCCAGCUUCUGGAUCCCGUCGCUGACCCCCGAGGCCAAGGCCACCAAGCUGGAGAAGCCUUCGCGCACCGUGACCUGCCCCAUGUCUGGGAAGCCGCUGCGCAUGUCUGACCUGACACCCGUGCGCUUCACGCCGCUGGACAGCUCCGUGGACCGCGUGGGGCUCAUCACACGCAGUGAGCGCUACGUGUGCGCCGUGACCCGCGACAGCCUGAGCAACGCCACGCCUUGCGCUGUGCUGAGGCCCUCUGGGGCCGUGGUCACCCUGGAGUGCGUGGAGAAGUUGAUUCGCAAAGACAUGGUAGACCCCGUGAAUGGGGAGAAGCUGACGGACCGGGACAUCAUCGUGCUGCAGCGGGGCGGCACCGGCUUCGCGGGCUCCGGAGUGAAGCUGCAGGCUGAGAAGUCCAGGCCGGUGAUGCAGGCCUGAGUGCACAGGAGACCAAAUAAACAGGCUUGGACUCAC